GUUAUCUUCUCUUUGCUAGUACUAUGACAAAAUUAAGGGUUCUGUGGUGGGUUGGAUGAUGACUAGCAUGUUUUCUGUAAGCUUGUGCAUUUGAAGUUACAUGACGUUCUCUAGAGAUGGUAUCUGCAAAUCUAGGUGUUCUCCAUUAUGUUCUGGACCACAUCUAUGCAGCUUUUCUCCAUCGGACAAAGUUAACUACACCAUUUUUCUCAAGGGGAUGGGGAGGGAGCAAACUUGAUCUGUUGGAGAGAAUGGCAAAGCAGCUGUUUCCAGAGGCUGCUGCCCAGAGCUGGCCACCCAAUCUGGUGCAGCCUAUAUGGAAAACAGUAUGGGAGACAAAGGAUGCACGCCUGAGGGAGGGUGUUUUUAGGACUCCAUGUGAUGAGGAACUAAUCGAUGCAUUGCCUCCUGAGAGUCACAAUGCAAGGGUUGCUUUCCUUGCACCAAAGCUUGUUCCACCUCAGAAGAUGGCUUGUGUGGUUCACCUAGCAGGCACUGGCGAUCAUACUUUUGAGCGACGGUUGCGACUUGGUGGCCCAUUAUUGAAGCAAAACAUUGCAACCAUGGUGCUCGAAAGCCCAUUCUAUGGACAGCGACGUCCUAGACUGCAGUGUGGUGCAAAGCUUCUAUGUGUGAGUGACUUGCUACUGUUAGGAAGAGCUACUAUUGAUGAAGCCCGGAGCCUCCUGCACUGGCUAGAGGUUGAGGCUGGUUUUGGCAAGACAGGCAUAUGCGGGCUUAGCAUGGGAGGUGUACAUGCUGCAAUGGUUGGAUCUCUGCAUCCUACACCAAUUGCCACUCUACCAUUUCUUGCUCCUCAUUCAGCAGUAGUGGCUUUCUGUGAAGGAGUCUUAAAAUACGCCACUGCCUGGGAGGCAUUAAGAGAAGAUGUGGCGCAAAAGACUGGAAUGACACUAGAGCAAGUUAGAGAGCGGUUGCGGUCAGUUUUGUCCCUGACAGACGUUACUCGCUUCCCAAUCCCCAAAAAUCCUAAGGCAGUCAUAUUUGUUGCUGCUACGGAUGAUGGCUACAUUCCUAAACAUUCUGUCCUGGAGCUUCAGAGGGCAUGGCCAGGCUCAGAAGUAAGGUGGGUGACAGGUGGGCAUGUCUCAUCUUUUCUUCUCCACAGUGGCGCAUUUCGCAAGGCAAUUGUUGAUGCUCUCAACAUAUUAGAAUGGAGAGAAUCAGAACCAUAACCAGUUGUAUCGAGUGGCUCAGGUUCAUUAUUCUUCUUGAGGAAUUGAUGUAUUGUGAUGAGUUGUGACUUUACAUGCACAAUGGUUUUUAUUCCAAAAAAAGAAAAAGAAAAAAGAAACACCAUAUCUGAUGUCCAGCUUCCUUGAAAAGUGUGAGAAAAAGAAUAGGGGAGCUGGAGCUGAAUGGAUCAAUUGUUUGCCUAGUUUAA